UCAUGUUCUCUUAAUGCCAUCAGGGGUUCAUUGCAAACCGUUCAACAAUGUGAAAUAGAGCCAUUGCUGAAUUCUUCAAAUGUCUCCUUCUCAAUUGAUCCACACUCAUUUGAUCACUUCUAUAGCUAAUGUCCAUACUUAAAAUGGGGUUGUUGGUUACAAAGUGGGUUCUGUUCGCUAAAGACUCUCUCUCUCUGCUGACUCAGUCCAGGGGCUUUGCUUGAGACCAUACCGUAAUGAGUGUCCCUCAAAUCUCCUCAGGGAUUACAAGAGAACAUCAUCAGCAGUGAAAAAACAACAGCGACAUCUUAACUCUCCCCACAAGCCGAUCUGGCGAAUGCUUGGAGUACUCUCACUGCUUUUUAGCUUUAUCUUUAGGUUGACAACACAGUAUGAGUAUAAUUAUUAUGCGCGAAGGUGCUGAGGUGCUGCGUCCAGACAUAGUGGAACAUACCUUCUAUUGGGGCAUACACCCAGUGUCCUGGUUCAUCCUCAUCGUUAACGUCAGCCUCGGCGUGUUUGAAUGGACCUACAUUAUUUACAACAUGUGUUUCAGAACUAAGCAGGUGGCAGACGAGGAAGAGAAGGGAGAGAGGGGAGAUACGGAAGAGGAAGAUGAUGAUGAUGAAUAAGAGGAGUCUUCCUUCGAGGGAACAGGGGAAUGGGGGAAUCGCACAAUCAUCCGAAUUUAGUCUUUCAGCUUUUCUCACACUUCACGGCGGCAUGCCUGUUACAGGCUAACUACGCCAAGCACCGGACACCUCAGGUCCUGAUCCCAGACUGCGUUCUUGGCCCCAAAACUUUGGAUGACGAGGACGUAGAAGCUGAGGGCGUGGACGUGGAGGAAGAGCACUGCAUUAGCAUACACAGACGGGUGGAGAUGGAGGAGGUGGAGGAGCGGGAGGAGAGACAGGGGCUGCUGCCGGGGUCUCGCCUGUGUGAGGAGGCAGGAGCUAGCCCUGCACCGCGAAGCGCUUUGGCAUGCAGCUCUAGAGAAACAAGGACAUCUGCUCAUAAUGUGGUGUUCUCCUGCCCAGUCCUCCCUCAUGGCACAUCUCUCUAAGUUAUGGGAGGGUUAGGGUGUGGCAAUGGGUCUCUUGUUUGAUUUCACUGGUUCAGAUCUCCACUGCAGGCAUUUGUCAACGCAAAAUGGUAAUGAUCUAACACAUAAAGGUUGCUUCUGUCUUGUACCGUUGAUGUAGUGUUAAUAUGCUAACAUGAUAUUUAUCAGCCAUUUAGUUUGGUUUGGCUUCCCCUGGCUUGGUACUUAAAAUGCGAGAAUAGAUUCUGGGCAUCGUGCUAAGCAGUAGCACUUGAAGGUAAUUUAACUUGAACCAUUUUCUAAAUGAGACCUCAUUCUAAUUUAAUUUCACAUUUAUUUUUUCACACCUAUUUUCACACCUUAAAAAGGAAAAGCUGUUUCAAGAAGAAUCCAGUGGUUUAUUUUUUUUCUACUAGAAAACAUUGUAGUUCAGUUUCAAAUUAUGUGAGGAAAAAAUGUGGUGAUUAUUACUUGUUCGGGUCAAUAAAUGUGAAAUAAGUUGUUGUGAGAGUCAACCAGAAAGGUUAUCAUAUUUAAAUAAAAUAUUGCUGUUAGGUGUCUUUUAAUCAACGUAUCCUGGAAUGUUAUCGAGAUGUCACACAAUGCAUUUCUCCAGUAAAGAAUUGACCAACAGUAGUGUAUGGUGUACGUGCAUUUCUGUCUGGUGUACUCUAAUCUCUUUUACCUGUUGAUGUCAACCAAAUGCAAGAUAUUAGUGCGGAUGUCUCAAGGGCAGUAGCUCCAUUUGUAAAUGGCAAUGAUUGUUGUUUGGUAAGCAGAAACGUCAGUCAGCUUUACAAUAGUUGGCCAUCAGUUCAACUUCAUUGACAUAACAUAACACGUGGCCUUUUGAGGGAACAUUAUGAACCGAUCUAUCUUGGGCUUACCUGCACAUGUAGAAAUAGAUUUUCAUUGCUUUACGCAGCUUAAAUAAUUGCUCUUUAUCUCAUUGAUAAACCCGGCUCACAGAUUUGUUUUACUGACCUUGAGUAGCUCACCUCACACUCAUGCUAAUCUGUCUUACACCUGCAUUACCCCACAGCCAGCCUUACACCCACACAGACACAGAAUGACCACAAGGAAACUAAUGAAGGUGGAAGAUAUGUGCAUGAACAUUUGAAUUGUGCUUAAUUGGUGAGUAGCAGUAGUACAUAGUGUGACCGCAGCGUAAUGAGUGAAGACAGCCGUGGUACAGUUUUGUGACUCAGUGGAUUAGAAGAAGCGUUGUCGGUUCUGCUGUACAGGAUCUCUAUAGCAGUACCGCUACAUCAGGAAGCAGUGCUGUGCUCCUCUGUUGCCGCGGGCUGAGCAGCCAUGGACGUCACAGAGGACAGUAUGAACGUCCACCACCGGGAGGACGACGGGACGGUGUACUUUGAGACCUACGUCCCCCCGGCCCGGGACGCCAUCUACCUGCCCAAGCACGUGCUGUACCUGCUGAUGGGCUCCUUCAUGGUGGUCGGGGUGCUCUACGCCAUCAUCGGCCACCUCAUCAAAGACCUCAUUCAUGACUUUGCAGACUGGCUGUUUGGAGAGCAGCCUGAGGAGCUGGUGGUGAACUUUUGUGAGGCCAAGGAUAAGUUCAUGGCGGACUGGUGUCCGGAGACUUCUCCAGAGCUGGAAGAGAUGGCCCGGGCCGAGCAGAUCAAGGUGGUCCUGGAAGCCAACGAAUACUCCCCUGCCAUCUGGAUCAUAUCGGACGGUGUUGAGCCGAAACCGGCCAGGAAAGGACCACGCGUGGCGUUCGGGGCAAAAAGUUAGAUCUGGGGAUGUUUAUUUUGAAUGUUCAUAUUACGCUGUCUAACUGCUCAUAUUAUUGCUGUGCUUAAAACCUUGCUCUACCAACAGUGAUAUAUUGUUUCACCUUCUUAUGAAAAAUUUACCUUUUGUAAGAUGCUUUGGAUAAAAGCGUCUGCGUAAUGCCCUAAAUGUAGGCCUAAAAAUGUAAAUUUAAAACAUGGACGAAGGGCUUGAAGGCUUGUCUCGUGGAGAAUGAAUUGGUCAUAUCACGACAUCCAGUGGGCUUCAGGGGUAUUACAUCUGAUCAAUUUACCUCCAAACUGAUGCACGCACGCGGUCACUUCAAACAAAUCUGAUAAGACGAUUUCUUGAAUUUUUCUUCAUGGCUAUGAAGAUACAUUAAGUUUGCAAUGUACAAGGAACAACUCUGACUAUUCUACGCAAUGGUUUUAGGCAAUACUUGAUGUUGGUUGAAUAUAUACGAAUAAAUUAAACAAUCCGCCAUUUUUAUAGCAAACAGACAAAGAGUGUAUGAUUGUCAUAAACUCAGAAAAUGCUACCCAUGCACUUAAUGUUACAUUGAUGCAUCUUCAUUAUUUUGAUCUGUAGGCCUAUUGAAAAAAAAUGUUUUACCUUCAUUUAGGCUACUUCAAUAAGGGUGUGCUAAUGACUUUAGAUUUCAAGUCACACUAUUGAUCAUAUCAUUAAUGCGGUCAUGAUUGCGCGUCAUUCAUGACCAUGAUGAGGUCCUAUGUUCAUGGUUUAUUUACGUAAGGACUUCAUUGCUCCAUACAAAUUAAACAAUUGGCUUUUUCUUUUCUUUUUUAUCUUUGUAGCCUAACAACGAGGUCGUCUUCUUACACUGAAAAGGUAUACUCCUAAUAAAUUAACCUUUUUUUUUUUUUUUUAAAUAUAUAUUAUCGAUGGGAGGCGUGGACCCCAGUUUCGUUUUACCUCUGAACUCCCCACUAGGAUGGGACAGCUGCGCCGCAGGGGGGGCUGUAUGGCGUAAAGGAGCCAAUCUGUGAAUACCCCCACCGCAUCUGUUUUAUUUCAUGGCGCUCAUCUCCACGUCUCCUCAAAAGGGUAGGCUAGUGGUGGCUGUUAUCGGCCAUUAGCAUUUAUUCCUAUGUUUGAUAUCUCCAAAAAUUACCAAUGGACGGGUGAUUUAACAGCAGGGCUUUACCCGCAAGGUUGCCCAUUAAUUG